AUGAUUGUAAAUCUGGUGCUCUCCUGUCGAAGCUCGUGUUGGGAGCUGACCAACACUAUGAUAAUCUGCCCAAGAUCCCUACUCCGGAUUACCAGUUAUCGAUCGAAUCACCACAUCAUCCGUCUCAUUUCCGUUUUUGAUGGUCUCAGCUCAACCCUCCCGGAGGACUUUGAAUCCAUCUCACGUAAAUUCCCCACGGUCUCGACUAUAAUAAGCAGGACUAUGCCCGUGGAAAACGUAAUGAUUCUUUGCAAGUGGCAGGAAAAGAUGCGAAAGCAAAUGGGCGACCAAAAGUUUAACGAAUAUGUCACCCGUAUAAAGGGGAUCGGGAAGGACGUGCACCAGGCAAUUUGUGAUAUUCUCCUAAAGGAGAAGCUGGUCGAUGAAUUUGGGGAACCGAUUGAUGGAUAUAUACGCAGUCUGGAAUCUAUCUUCACUCAUGUUAAAACUACUCACUUCGUGGAGCAGGAAUGCUGUCACCCGAUCCUACGCUAUAGAGGCCGAAUUGACAGUAUAAAUAGCUUCAAGACAGAGAGCGGCGGCUUGGUGCUGACAGAGUGGAAGACGGUGCACGAGAGUAAGCGUGUGACAAGUCUGGAAAAGGCCUAUGACGCGCCCCUGCAGGUCGCUGCCUAUACCGCCGCCUAUAACAUUACUCGCCUGCCUAAAAUGCCUCAGGUUCGCCAGGGCCUGAUAGCCUACGCAUACGCGGAUGGUUAUCCCGCAGAUGUGUUAGUUCUCAACGAGGAGGCCUUGGAGCACUACUUCCAGGUGUGGUGCAGUCGGGUAGAGACCUAUCACCAGACAGUCCGAUCGGCGGGUCAGUGA